CCGCGCAUCUUUAUUUCUUUUAAUUACAGUGUAGUUGAUGGUGUAUAAGCAACGCAUAAACAAGCUCGUUUUUGCAUGAAGCAGUGGGCCUAAUACAGCUGAUAAUAGACAAAACAUUAUUGUAAACAUUUUCUACAAACAAAUCAACAACGGCCCUGCAGCAUUCUUUUUGCACAGGAUGGCACAUCGGUGCAGCGGUUUCUUUCGCGACCGUGUUCCAAAAAUAUAAAGCGGCUGACAUUGUUAACUAAUGACCAUAUGGCCACGGGGAGAGACACGAUAACAUUUUUGCCAAGGUUUGUGGAUAUGUGACAAAGCCGUGUGAAAUAUUUGCGUGCUGGUCCACGACAUGCCCCGCCGCACUCACGUUGACAGUUUUCUGCAAAGUGGCAUUUUCUUGGAAAGCAUAACACAGGCUUGUUCAACAGCCUGCACAAAAUGUCUCUUUGUCUCACCCUUUGGAAAUAACAGUAACUCAACACUCAACAGACACACAAACGCAUUGCAUACGACAUUUCGAAGGCACGUGUGUGGGUUUUCUUAUUCGCUCAAUAUCGAUAAAGCCCACUGGAUUGCUUUUUGAAUGUCAGUUAAUUUUCCUGAUAUGAGUAUUUAAUUCAUUAGCAGUUUUGAUCUCCCGACCGUUUUUUUGUUUUUUGUUUUUUAAUAAUGCCAAAAUAAUAUUUUUAAACUUUUCAUGCCAAAAUGUCUGAAAUGAAGUUUCAUGAUUUGCAGCAUGUUUCCUGGAGAUGCUAUUUACAUUUUUGGAUAUAUAGGAAUUUUCUCCCAAUUGCUUAAUAUGCCUUUUCCAUGAAAACUAACAAAAGUGCAUCUUCGUGUCUUCAGAGUUCCUUCAUUGCUGCUUUUACAAAUGGUCCUUGUAUUUCACCAAAGCUGUCUUUACCGUUAUGCCACUAGAGAGAACCUUGUUAUGUUGUUGCAAUACACCAGAGAAAUCUGUGAGCAGAAGUGCCAGUACGAGGAAGCCAUUUUGCGUUCACACAAUAGAAAAAAAAGAUAAACAAAUUGUGUUGUUUCCCAGGUACAAAUGAAUAUGUAUGAAUCUGUGAACGUGUCGGAACUCUUGCGUGUCUUUUUUGUUAUGAUGUUUGUAUAAAGACAAGAUUAUCAUGGGUUCAAUCUGUCGUUAGGAUUAUUUAUGAACCUGUAUUUGCAGAGUUUGAAGGGCAACACGUAACGUGUGCAACUCACACGAUUUUUGUGAAACCUUUAAUGCUGGUAUAAAAAAAUGCUAAAUUACAAAUUGAUUUUACCUGUCUUUAUCAUUAUUGAUCAACACAUUAUAUAUAUAUAGAUGGAUGGACGGAUGGAUGGAUAGAUUUUGUUCGCUUCAGGACGCAUUUGUUUUGGCGCUCGCGAUUGGCCCGGUUGACGUCACGUGACAGGACGCACGGCUUUUGUUCGCGUCAGGACGCAUUUGUUUUGGCGCUCGCGAAUGGCCGAGUGUACGUCACGUGACAGCGUCGCUCCAGCCAAUCAUCUCGCAGCCAGCGUGUUUAUCAAGCAACCGCUUGCUUGUUUUUGCCUCAGCUCGGCUGUGGCAGUUUCGUCGUGCUUCGUGUUUGUCAUCUCCGCCGUCCAGCUACCGCAAAGCUAUCGUUGUCUGUAGAAUAUGUUGAAAGACGGAGUCCUCACAAAUGUGCCUUUCGGAUGGGCCGCGGGUGGAAACUUGACUAUAUUGUGCCCCAACGGGUCUAAAUGGGUGUGGGAAGGUCUGGGAGAAUGCGCCCAGGAUGCAAGAGACAUGGCCAGCGUCUACCUGGGCCUGCUGUCCAUCCUCUGCUUCAUGAUGUCCUCCCUGCCGCAGUACUACAGCUCGUGCAAAACCGGGAACAUGGACAGCGCGCUGUCCAUUUGGUUUCUGCUGCUGUGGUUGGGAGGCGACAGCUGCAAUCUGGUGGGCUCCUUUUUGGCAGACCAGCUUCCGCUUCAGACCUACACUGCAGUUUAUUAUGUUUUGGCAGACUUGUUGAUGUUGGCCAUGUAUUUAUACUACAAGAUGAAGAACAGAAUGGGUGAACGCAGGAGUGUUUUGUACGCGGUGGGCGUGGCCUUCGUCCUGGGCUUCGCCGCAAACUUCGCCGACCCGCCGGGGCGGGUCGCCACCCGGCACGAAGCAGUGCCCUCCGCCAGCAGGGGACGUGCGCUGCUCUCAACCGCAGAUGUUGCCGCGUCUUUUACCCCCAAAGAGAUCAUCGGCUUCUCCAUUGGCUCGAUAUCGUCAGUGCUCUAUCUGUUUUCCAGACUUCCUCAGAUACGCACUAAUUUCAAGAGGAAGUCGACUAAAGGGGUGUCUUUCUUCCUGUUUGCUCUGGUCAUCCUGGGAAACAUGAUGUAUGGCCUGAGCGUGCUGCUAAAGAACCCUGACCAGGGUCAGGGCGAGAACAGCUACGUGAUCCAUCACCUGCCCUGGCUCGUCGGAAGCCUCGGAACGCUCGUCUUGGACCUCUUCAUCACCAUCCAGUUCAUUAGCUACCGCAAAGCUGCGGACGGUCUGAACGCCAGCAUCUCGGAGACGGCGCCGCUGGUGGGGAGCUAGAACCUUCCCCCGAAUCGCUCCUCUGCUAUUGAACGCUUACCAAAAAUCACUCAAUCAGGAUAAACGCAUUUCUGUUUUAAAAAUGUAUAGUUGUAUUUAUUUCACUCCUUUCUUUCAGGUAAACAUUGUAUGAAAUAGCGCGGAGAGGCGAUGCAUAUUUCUGGUGCGGCUUCAGCUCCAGUGGUGACGUUGCGUCUUAGUUUUAAAGGCAAUGCCGAAGAAUUCUCUUUUCGACGCCUCCGAUUUUUCUCUCGAACGAGUUGCCAAACGCUUUGUUUGUUUAAAGUACAACUGUCACUUGAGUCUGUUUUUUUUCUGCUCAUAAAUGUACAAAUUACAGGACUACGUUUUUAUGUAGUCCUGUAAUCUGAAAAAAAAAAAAAUGGUGCUUUUGUUUUUGUGUAUUGUAAACGUUUUAAUUUCAGUUUCAUUGAUUUAGUUGACUUUGUAUUCGGUUUUGAAUACCGACACAUUUGCACGGGUGAUGAGGCAUGCCGUUUAAACCGGUACACACUAUGUCAUGCAUGUUUAAUUUACAGUUUUACUCAGCAUUCUCACAUACUCAUUUUUUGCACAGCUUUUUGUACUUUGCAGGAGAAUUUUUUUUUAUGGGGUCACUGUACUGUUAAAAAAAAAAGGAUAAAAUCCAAUGGAAACAA